AUGCAGAUCUUCGAUGACAUUCUUGAAAACAAGAUUACAAUAGGAUCGAAGCGGACCAGAUCGCAAAUUUCUACAGGAGACACCGAGACAGAUGACCAAGAUUUUACUUCCAAGGUACUUUCAGAAGAUGACGAACUAGUUGCGAAAGACAGCUCACUCCCGCCUUUGCCGAAGAUCAGGAAUGCUCACCUUAGAGCUCGGGUUUUUCAACACAAGUCUACUUCAGCUAACAAAACUUAUUUGGCUGAGCAGGAAAUUGUCCUGUCACAUAAUGAAAGACUUGAGUUUUUAGGCGAUUCUGUACUCAACACUUUGGUGACAUUUAUCCUUUAUGAGAAAUUUCCCUUUGCAAAUGAAGGUCUUCUUUCGCAGAUUCGGUCACUGCUUGUUAGCAAUAAAACCUUGGCUGAAUUCUCCACACAGUAUGGCUUUGACCAAAGUUUACGAUGUAAAGUGGACGAAUCUGCUCUUCGGAACGGUAAGCAGAAGAUUUUCGCGGACAUUUUCGAGGCAUAUGUUGGUGCUCUUGCUAUGGAAAGAGGAUUCGAUAUGAAUGAAGUGCAACAAUGGCUCAAAGCACUUAUGGCAUCGAAACUUUCUGAGGCUGAUCUCGCGAUCAAGAAAGCCACUCCAAUUAAUAAGGAUGCAAAGACAGAGUUGUACUCUUUAGUUGGAACUGCUUCUCUACAUCCUAUUUACAAGGUCGUCCAGAAUGGAAAUGGUGUACAAAGUUUAUUUAAAGUCCAAUGCGUAAUGGAAGAUAAUGUUUUGGGAGAGGGUGUGGCACCUGGAUUACGGGAUGCAGGCCUUCGUGCAGCAAUGGCAGCUCUCAAAAACAAACCAAUGUUGGAAAAGUAUGGAAGGCGGAGAUUGGAAACAGACAGAUCUAUAUCUGUCGUAUCUGGAGAAGCCGGAGAAAGUAAGAGUGAUGCUCCAGAAACGAAUACUGCAGAGUUUCCCUUGAUAGCUGGCAGUCAUGUCUUUGCUAACAAGUUUGCCAAGAAUGAGGCGUAUGCUUUCUUCGGUCGCACGUUGGGGCUUACGCCAGAAUAUGCGGUUUCCUUCGAUGCUGAGAAUAACAGAUACAAGGCCGAACUAAAGGUCAAGGAAAAGGUUGUUUCUGUUGCUUAUGAUGCAUCGAAGAAAAACGCCAUGAGUCGUGCGGCGACUGUGCUUUUGGAAAAUAAGGAGAAGCUCAACGCAUUAUUAAACUAUAUAUGA